AUGGCGUACCCAGCAUACGAGACCGUCCCUCAGAUGCACCGAUCCCUAUCGUACGGACAACAAUAUGCCUACCCUCCGGCAGGUGUAGCAUACAGCCAGCCACUCACCCCUGGAGUGUAUGACUCAUACGGCCAGGGUGCCUAUCAAGCUUAUACGCCUGGACGCAGCAUAAGCCAAUAUGCUUACGACGACAUGAACCUGAGGGGCUCAUAUUUCCCCGACACAUAUGCUACCUCCGGGUAUGCCACACCCUACGCCCCCAACUUAAGCCGUCGCCGGUCGUCUAUGUCCCGGCGCUCGCGAAUGGGGUAUGACGGCCACCGCGGACUCGGACACGGCAGCACCUUGAUCAAGUUCAAGCGCAAGGGUGGCUUCCGCGCUGGCAUCACGCUUGGCGAGGCCAUGUCUAGUGUCAUCUUGUCUGGGAACGAUUCCUACACCCACUACGACUUCAAUGCCGACCACAGGGGAAAGAUUGUCCUGAAAAUCCGGUGGACUGGAUAUACGUCGAUGACGUAUGAGUUGCCGGUCGAUAAUUAUGACGGUCGCGUGGAACUUGCGACACUCGCUAGGCGGGUCGCCCGCGCCUGUGUCCAUUUCAUUCAAGUGAGAUUGUCGGCCCUUGAUCUCUAUUCUACUCUGUCGCUCAAGCUACCUCCCAAUCAAUACACAAUUCUCGCCGCGUUCAUUUUGACGUCUUCUGACGCACUACAGGUCAUUUCGCUCGCCACGGGCUCGAAGUGCCUCCCUACGGAACGUUUCGCCAAGGAAGGGGAUGCACUACAUGACAGCCACGCGGAAGUGCUUGCCAGAAGGGGCGCAGUGCGCUGGCUCAUGACGGAGGUGCGCAGAGCAAGCGCGAAGCAGCAGGAAUCCGCGUGGCUUCGAAGGAACCUCGACGGCAAACAUGCGCUCAAACAUGGAGCCUGCCUGCAAUUAUACGUAUCGACAGUUCCAUGCGGCGAUGCAUCCACCCGCUUCCUGGCCUCCUUUCAGGACGCGGAGAUGGCUGCUCUGAAGGACUCGAGCCAGUUCCCUGAGCUUCCUCCUGGGGCGGCCUCACGGGGUCGCAAUAAUUACUCUCUACACGGGGUGCUUCGAACCAAGCCUGGACGCGCGGAUUCGCCGCCCACGAUAUGCAUGUCUUGCAGUGACAAGAUCGCACGGUGGAAUGUGUUGGGCAUCCAGGGUGCUCUCGCUUCGGAGAUCAUUAGCCCGCUGUACAUCGAAUCUGUCACCAUCGGAGAGGUCGAACCGGACAUGCAAGACAUGGUUCGCGCCGACUGUGAGCGGGCUUUCUCGCUGAGACUCAGCGGGAUCGACGCCCUACGAGGUACUCAUCAACGGCGUGAAGCGCGGGGUCUCGCCCAAACACCGCCACUUCGCGAAGUUCCGGUGGGUGCACCUGGCCUCACAUACUACGGAAGCAAGCAGACCGCGGCAGGUUAUCAAGCGGCCAAAGAAGCGUUGCAGGGCUCCGGCUGCCCCUUCGCAGGGUGGAUUAGAAGCGGUCAAGAGUGGGAGAGUUUCCACCUGCCGUCCAGAGGCGGUGCAGGUUAA